AUGAAUCCUCUCAUCGCCGUCGUCGGCGCAACAGGGACGGGCAAGUCGAAGCUCGCUGUGGACUUGGCCUCCCGCUUCAAUGGUGAAAUUAUAAAUGGCGACGCGAUGCAGAUGUAUCGCGGCCUGCCCAUCAUUACCAACCAGAUCCCCACUGAGGAACGAAAUGACAUCCCCCACCACCUGCUGAGCUGUAAGCGGAAGCCUGGCGCAUUGGCCAUUUCAAGAGGGGAAGCUCUUCGACUCAUCGACGAUAUUCGAUCGCGCGGAAAACUGCCCAUCCUAGUCGGAGGAACACAUUACUACACGCAGGCAGUCCUGUUCAAGGACCAGCUGAUUGGGGAAGGCUCAGAUGCGGAUGAGGGACCGGAGCCCACAAGAGAGCUAUCUUCGGCUUCAGAUAAAUGGCCAAUUCUCGAUUCAUCUCCAGAAGUAUUGAUGGAGAAACUUCGCGAAGUUGACCCAAUCAUGGCUGAGCGAUGGCACCCAAAGGAUGUACGGAAGAUCAGGCGAUCAUUAGAAAUCUACUUUCAAACAGGGAGAAGAGCAUCCGAAAUCUACGCAGAACAGAAACUUCUCAAGAACGAGGCAGUCAUGAAGGAUGAAGGUCUAUUACGAUUCGAUAACACACUGAUCUUCUGGGUCCACGCAGAGAAAGAGGUUCUCAAUGCGCGACUGGAUUCGCGUGUCGACGACAUGAUUAAACAGGGCUUGAUGGCCGAGGCUCAGACAAUGUUCGACUAUCUCCAGGAGAAAAAAUCUCAAGGCAUAGACGUCGACCAGACACGCGGUGUUUGGGUGUCCAUCGGGUUUAAAGAGCUGGCGCCGUAUUUCGCGGCCGUCCAGGAAGCAGAACUGAGUGCAGAACAGCUCGCGGACCUCAAGUUGCGCUGUGUUGAAUCAAUCAGAACCGCGACACGUCAAUAUGGGUCGUCCCAAAUCAAAUGGAUACGGAACAAAUUAUGGCGGGCACUCUCAGAUGCUGACAUGACGCGUCGUCUCUACAUCAUGGACAGCAGCAAUGUCAAGGACUGGGAUGAGUGCAUCAGCAAGCCAUCUGAGAACAUUGUGCAACUACUGCUUGAAGGAAAAGCAACGCCCGAUCCCAAAGCACUCUCGAAGCUGGCCAAAACUGUCCUCAGCGCAAAAGAGGAGCAAGCGCGUGCACAGCCAAUGUCCGACAUGCAGUGUUUUACUUGCGAUAUAUGCAACAAGACGAUGAACGGCGAAGAACAGUGGAAUGUUCACCUGAAUGGUUACAGCCACAAAAGAGCAGCCAAGUCCGCAGCAAGGAAAGCCGAACGAGACGCUUAUUUCCGAAGAAAGGAAUUAGAAGCUCAACAGGCUCCGGACUCUGGGGCUGAUUCCCGAGCCAUCUGA